AUUUACUACUAACAAUUUCAAACACUUUAUUUUACUUUAUACUGUAAUGUCACUUCAAAAUUAAACUGUCUCCGGUCGGUGUCCACACUACCCUUUAAUCACUGAAUUUCGAAAUUCGAGAAUGUCUUGGAAGGUUCUCGUCUUUGCUUCUCGAAAUUUCCUUUCCAGGAGGGUGGGCUUCAUACUUCCAGUGAGAUAUUUUGGAUGUCCAAGGGUGCGUUCAGAAAUUUAAAGGCAUGUUCACACUUAUUAAUAAAGGUGCGUUAGAUGUUUAUCUUCGCAAAAAACUGCCUCAAUUGAUUCCUUAUCGAACCGUGAAAACUAUAUGUUUCUAUGUCUUCUAGCUUAUGAGAAAAUUGAAAAAUAAAAACACAUAAAAACAAAAAAUAUUUUGAAAAAAGAAAAAUCUGAUAAAAUAAUUUUUCAAUUUUUGAACUUUGACAGCUUAUAAAUUCUAAGUGGUUUAACCGAGUUACAUGUUUUAUACAUUGUUAAAAAGGUAUAUUUAUCUUCUAUCAGAAACUGUAAAAAAAUCGAAAAUGGGUAAAAAAUUGUCGAAGCUAGAAUUUUUUCAAUGGGUGAAGGUCCAAAAAACCGUUUUUUGCCCGUAACUCCAGAUUUUGGGGGUGUUAGGGGAUUUUCAAAUAUUCAGUGCGACUAGCUCUACAAAACCUGAUAGGUCUCCGCCCGCGUAUAUUUUCCGUGGUUCACCAUUAAUAAAAUAUUUUGACAAUUUCAAACAAAUUUUCUAAGAAACUUUUACUUACUACGCAGUCAUACAUUUCAUUGUUUAAAUAAUUAUUAAAACAUUUUUCUGAGUGUGAAAACAACUCUAUUUUCGAUGGAUUAAUUAGAGUAAUUGCUCAUAUUUAAAAAUAAGUGUUAAGAAUUCACUAAUUAACUCUUUUUUUCAUUCAAUUUAACAUUAAUUACAACUGUUUACUGUGUAAAAUAACGAAAAUAUGUUGGUAAUUUGAUAAGAUCGACAAGUGCAACUAGCUUAGCAAAAAAAAAAAAAAAUGUAUCAAAAAAUUGUAAUAGUGCAACAAUACUUUAAAAUCAUUUAAAUACCAUUAACUUAAGUAUUCAAAGUGUAUUAAUUGAAGUUGAAACAUGUGGUUUAAAAAAUCAUUAAUUUUUUCAUGGAAUAUUUGCACCUUCUUAUGGAUUCAAGUUGAAGCUCUAGAUUAUGUAAUUCACUUUGAUCGUAUAGAAAACAUCAAAGGAGAAAAUGAAGAUCUUGUUAAUUUUACCGACUGGGAAAUUGAAGGAAGGGGUUCGAAUUAUCUAGUAAAUGGAAAUUUUACAUUCGAAACUGAUAUGGAUGAUUUAAUAACACAUGAACUUAAAUUUGAAAUAAGUCCAUUUAGAAAUAAUGCUUUUAUGGUUAAUAGCAUUCAUCGAAACUCAGUGUGUGAUUAUUACAAAAAAAAUUAUAAAGAGUUUGCUGAAAAAAUAAUGAUGGGUCAUACAAAUUUUCCUGAAAUACCGCCUGGAGGAUUGUGUCCCAUUCCAAAGGGAAACUAUUAUAUCAAAGAUGCUGUUCUUGACGAAAAAGAUCUCCCUAAAAUUUUGGCUAGGGGUUUGUGGAGGAUUAAUAAAAAGUUUUUCAAAGGAAAAAAAUGCAUUGGUGGUGUGACCAUUUAUGCCGAUGUUAAAAAUAAGGAAUAGAAAAACUGUUUAAAUUCUAAUUACAUCUAAAAUGUUCUAGAAACACACGACUUUUGUGGAAUUAUAAAGCAAUAAUAAUAACAAUAAAAUAAAAUAAUAGCUAUUUCAUUUGAGCAGAAAAUGUUUAAUAUUUACACGAGUGAUAAGAAUAUUUAAGCCUCUGAAAAUUCAUCUCUCUACAUCCACUUACCACAAAUUUGCAAACAAAGAUAUGCAAAAAUUAAAAACGCUUUUAAUCACUUAUACAAAUACAAAAAUGAGCUAAAAAUCAGUUUAAACGCUCUUGAGAAGGUCGUUUGUUAUCUUUAAAUUAUUGUCGUGUGAUGAUAAUAAUUUGUGUUUUUAUUUACUCAGUUCAAUUGAUAAGGACUAAGCCCCCAAUAUGGUAAAAGAUAUGGCGAGUAAAUAGAGUGGAAGUAAAUAAAAUUGCUUAAAAAAAUGAUAUCAAUUAUUAAGAAACUCGUGAUAUUUAAAACUCAAAACAAACAUUAAAAAAAAAAAACUAGUAGCUAAAAAUGGUUAUAAUUAUUUUUUUUUAAACUUGUGGAAUCAUUGAAUCAAUGAGCGUGCAAGAUAAAAAUUACGUAUUUUUUUUUAUCACCUAAUUUG